UCGAAAUGCAUUGUGGGAACAGCCAGCCUACUCAACAAUUUCGAUGCGUUCCGUGCACACUAACGAAUAGGAAAUUCUAACUUUCAUAAUAGGGACCUACCUUUUGGUUUACUGUCCUUGGGUGUGCAUACAAGAAUAAUCCACCUUUUAAACAUCCAGCUCUACUGCAUAAACAACAAUAUGUUUCAUAAACCGCAGUCAUCUGAGGAAAGCCACAAAUGAAUACAGUUAAACAUUUAGGUUACCGGGGCUAUUAUUUACUAUGCCUAUGUUACCGGUUCAGGAAUUCAUCAGUUAAUCGAUUUGAAUAAUCUGCAGUCAUAUUGUCUUCAGAAAGGGCAUUGUAUGACUGUUUAUGAAUCUGGAUGGAACUAUUCGGUUGACUGUAAAAUAAGACUUCCGACGUUUUACUUUGUCACAAAUGCAGCAGAGUAGACUUUGCCUUGUCGUGAUGAUGCCGUACAGUUGUAUCAACAAUAGUUUCAUCAUCUGCAAUGUCUGCAUAUAUCCUGGGUUUGGACGUGGGCACCACGUCGGUAAAAGCCGUUUUAUUAGAAACUGUCUCUAGAACGGUUGUCGCUACUCAGUCUUUGCCAACUGCGUCUGAUAUAAUUGACCAACGCGGGGAAAAGGCGAAAGAGCAGGACACUGGUCGGAUCAUCGACACUGUGAACCGGUGCAUUGGCCUGCUGCCCGGAGACAAACUGCAGCAUGUCAGGAGCAUCGGGCUGUCCGGACAGAUGCAUGGGGUUUUAUUCUGGAAAGCAAAGAGCGGUUGUUAUUGGUCCAAGAGGGAUUUCUUCACAGCCAGAGACACUAGUCAGCUGAUCACCUGGCAGGAUGGGCGAUGCAGCAGCAACUUCCUGUCCUCGCUUCCAAAACCAGACUCGCAUCUUAGCCUGGCCACAGGCCUUGGCUGUGCAACAAUCUUCUGGUACAUGAGAAACAGGCCAGAGUUCCUCGAGGACUACACAGUUGCAGGUACCAUCCAGGACUAUGUGGUGUCCAUGCUGUGUGGUUUGGACGGCUGUGUGAUGACGCCCCAGAAUGCAGCCAGCUGGGGCUACUUCAACACCUCUACCAACCAGUGGAAUAUAGACAUUCUGAAGAGUGCUGGCUUCCCCUUUGGACUGCUUCCUCAGUGUGUGCCAUCUGGUGGCUUGGCGGGUCAGACGUGCUCUGACUGGCAUGGUAUUCCUGCUGGUACACCAGUAGGGGCUGCCAUGGGAGACUUCCAGUGCUCGGUCUACUCCUGCAUGAGUUCCCGAACAGAUGCAGUUCUUAACAUAAGCACAUCAGCCCAGCUGACUUUCGCCAUGCCAGCUGACUUCAAACCUCCAGAUUCUCCUCAGCCUGCCUCCUCCAUCUCCUACUUCCCCUACUUUGAGGACUCGUACUUGGCGGUGGCGGCAUCACUGAACGGAGGGAAUGUACUGGCUACUUUUGUGGAGAUGCUCACUUCCUGGAUGAAAGAGCUUGGUGCACAGAUGAGUGAUUCCUGUCUAUAUGAGAAGCUGAUCAAUUGUGCCCUGAGUCAGGAAAUGAGCGAGCUGAGUGUAAGUCCUACUCUCUUGGGAGAAAGGCACGACCCCCUCUGCCUGGGUCAGGUGACCAACAUCUCCACUACCAAUCUAUCUCUGGGUCAUGUGACCAGGGCCCUGUGUCACGGAGUCUUGCAAAACAUCACAUCAAUGAUGCCUGCUGAGCGUCUGCAGCAGGCGGGGGUCUGCCGGAUUGUGGGCAGUGGGAGCGCCAUCGCCCGCAAUGAGGUGCUAAGGCAGGAAGUUGAGAAGGCGUUCUCUCAGCCGGUGUUGUACGGAAAAAACGCAGACUCUGCUGUUGGCGUAGCCAUGGUCCUCUGUGACUUCAUGAGAGAUGCGUACAUAAUCAAGUGAACAUUAUAGGUAACUUUAUCCAAACGCUUUUCUUUGGGAAAAAUCAGGGAAACUGAAAUGGUACAACAUAUUUUUCGCUGAAUCUUAAAGCAAAGUUCUCCAGCUUGUAUUGUUCCCUGAGGUUUUUAAACUUUUAGGACUCAAAGAUCGCAGCUAACAAAUGGUACAUCCUGGCUCAAAACAACUUGAAUGCAGCUGAAAUCCCCUUUUUGAAAAUAACUCCAACAACUUUAAUUUCUGGGUCUAUUUUUUAAAGAUAUUUUUUGGGGGGCUUUUUGCCUUUAAUCGGAUAGGACAGUGAAGAGUGACAGGGGCCGGGUCCUUCUGGGUCUAUUUUGAUGCCAAUAAGCAAUGUUUCACAUAACAUGAUGUUUAAUUAGGAUUUAAAGCGUUAGCCCUUUGAUAAGAUGCUCAUCAUUCAUUAUGAAAAAACCUAUUUAGAGCAGUGUGCAAAGAAUAAAAAAACACAUUGUGUUAUCACUUGGUUUUUGUCCAGCAGUGGCUCAGUCAGUCCAGCAGUGGCUCAGUCAGUAGGGGCUUGGACUGGGAAUCGUAGGGUCGCCGGUUCAAGUCCCCGAACAGACUUGAAAUAUGGAAAGUGGACUGCUACUUGGAGAGGUCCCAGUUCACCUCCUAGGCCCUGCUGUGGUGCCCUUGAGCAAGGCACCGGACACCUCCAAUCCCCCCUCCCCAUUGCUCCCCGGGCGCUGCACGAUAGCUGCCCACUGCUCCUAGUACUAGGAUGGGUUAAAUGCAGAGGACUAAUUUCACUGUGUGUGCUCUGCUGUGUGCAUGUAUGUGAUUAAUAAAGAGGGUUUCAUCCUCCGAUUCUAUCUAUCUAUCUAUCACUGGUUGCUCUCUGCACCAGCACAGCUGCAGUAACAGUAGAAUGCGACGAGUUCAUGCUCUUGCCCUCCGUGUUGCUGAAAGGUGUUAUGAAGUGUGAGGUAGAUUGAAAUUACAGCACUGUUGGAAUGCUUUGAAUACAACAGAUGUAUGAUAUUUUAUAAGGUCUACAUGUUUGGGUGUGAACUGGGUGUUUUAAAGGACUAUUUUUUUCAUUCAGGGGAUCUAUAAGAAGAAUCCUUAGCUAGAAUUAGCCUCUCAUUCGACUCUAUGGGGCCUAUAGUUAUCCUAAAGUGAAGAAUACUGUAGGAUUUUUUUCUCCAGAAAGCUAAAUGGUCUUUCGCUAAUUGUUUUGAUCGUUCCUCUGAAGUUUGGAUUGCUCAUUCACUGUCACUCACUUUUAUCUAUCAAGGUCUGGGUUAACAUUUAUGAUUAGAGCUCUUCCUUGGCUGUUUUUUCAUUUAAAUUCUUUUUUUUCAAUGUUGAACUUCUGCUACUCACUCAAUGGGUAAAUGUCCUUGCAUUUUGUGCCUCAAAUUCCUUGAAUUUGUAAACGUCCCUGGCAGUAAACUUGAUUCUGAUUCUGAUUUUAUAAACUGUUUUUAAUUUCUUCAGGCCUCUGCUGGUGCUUGGAUGCUUGUUAUUUGAUUCUUUGGUUCUUCAGCGUAGUAAGAAUCAUGAAAAACAUAGUUAGUUUAAUCUGUGCAGAUAGUAUUUUUUAUUGAAAAGUCAACAUAAACAUUGAAAGCACCAGGCUGUAUAAUAUUAAUCAUGUAUCAUCAUAUAAAGUGUAGAGUUGGUCUGGUGCCAACCACUUUCAAUGCUCAAGGCGUCCUGUGCCAAGAGUAACCAUUUCACUGUACAAAGGCCUGUCUCCUGUAAAAGGGGGACCAUUUUCUAAUAGAUAUCACAAUAAAACAUAACCUUAUUAAAUAUGUGCUCAUUUGAACACAUUACAAAAAUAUAUCUGAAAAUUGGAUAAAGCCAGUCUCAAAAUGGAUGUUUGUUGUGUUGAUAUAAAAGUCAUAGGGUUUUAAAAAGGGAAUUAAGGAAAUCUUUUGUGUCACUCAAUAAAUCAGAUAUACACUAUCAAGUAAUUCAAAAAAGUGAUAUUAAUCAUAUGUGACGACAUAAUGCACUGUUAAGUUACAAGGAUUUGUUUCUGGUUAUCAUGCUAACUAAGUUUGUUUGCUAUUUGAAAGUAGAGUUGCAUAAUUGUAGUUUUAUAAUUGCAUGUUGUGUUGUUUUCACAUAAAUUGCACGGGUAGUUGCUCCUUUCCACCACAGGGUUGCGCUGGAGAGUGCAGUGCAGUGGAGAAGGAGCGGAAGAAGAGCAUCUUUUCUAAAGUUGUUUUGUCGUUGACGCAGUUGUACUAAAAGAUAAAGUUGCCACGAGAGAUAAAAUAGAAUUGAAGUCCGCUUCAUUCUUGAAGUGCAACACACACUGCGAAUGAUAUACACAGGGUGCGAUUUGUAGGGGGGGAUGGUGAGGAUUUCCCCCCCUCUGGUUUUCCUAUCCCUACCUCUGCUAAAUUAUUUUUAUCUCCGGUGGGGACAAGGAUUUCCCCCCCUUGAUAGCGAUGAAUGCAACUUAACUGCUAGCCUACUUAAACUCUUGAAAUCUAACGAUCUUCAGUGUCUUUACAUCAGAGUAGGCUAUUCAGCAGCCUUCUGGCAGACGGUGCAUAUUUCUGAACGUCAUCGAACACAAAAACAUUGUAACAUUUUUGUGCGGGAACUUCGCAGGAAAAACAGCGCUGAACCAAACAUGAAACGCGUUCAGAGCAGCAUAUCAUCUUACUUUACAGGACCCAUUUGCAGAAUUGUGGAUAGAAGAGGGCCGAAAUGCUGCAGACAAUGCCCCGAUAGGAAAAACGAAAAAGCCACCACAAAUUUGUCACCAGAGCCGACUGUUUACUUUGUCUAGUUUUCCAGACCUGUCCCUGAGUGUUGACAGCACGUUGUGCUAUUUAGUGAAUUAUUUUGAGUGUUUGAUUUAAGUUAAUUGGAGGGUCUUUUCAUGGAGAGCAUUGAUGCUGUUCUAUGGUGCUUUCUGCCUGUUAGUGCGUACGCAUGUUUUUGUGACGUUGAAUAGAAACAUGUAUGGGUUAUUAAAAGUUUUGCCAUGUUGUGAUGGGGACUAAUCCACGGACCCGAAAAAAGGGCCUGUCUACUUUUUGCGUUUUU